GCCAGUUUUACGCGAUUACUCCGAAACCUAAUCGUGAAGAAGCGAUGCUCCUGCGAGUAGGCAUACUCGUGGGCCUGUGCCUGACCUUGAGCUGUGCGGCGGAGGACGUGAUUCCAUGCACAACCGACAAAGGGGGCAAAGGAGAGUGCGUCAAACUGCACCUCUGCCCGGAUGGAAUCUUGAAUGUGGAUGGCACCAACAUAAUCGACAUUCGCUUCAAUCCGGAAAACGAGUGUGAAGACUACCUCUUGAAGUGUUGCCCGAUUCCAGAUGACGAAGAUGAUGACCGGGUCGUCGAGCCGCAGACUUCUCCGACGAUCGAUAAACCGGUUUUACCAACCACAGGAACGACUGGCCUCACCGGACUUGCCACGGGACCAAAUUCGGGCCCUGCACCUCAUCCAACGGCACCAGGCACGGGUGUCCCGGGAAACACUGGCCAGAGUACUGUCCCUGGUGGUCUUCCUCCGACCACCGGAGACCUUGCUGCGGGUAAUUUAAAGCCUCCGGGCGGAAUGAGUGGUGGUGAAUGUGCGGGUGGCGGUAGUCAUCAUGGUCACGGAUGCUGCAAGGGGAAUAAUGCUUGUCAAAGGCCCGGAUCACCACACGAUGAGCAGGUGGAUAUGGUUGGGGCGGAUUUACUGCCGGCGGCAGGCGGCAAACCAACAUCUGCAGAUCUUACCCACGACAGUGGAAAGCCACCAACAGUUCACGGAGGUGGUCCACUGGUCACUGGCACAGGACUGAAUCAGAUUGCAUCCGGUGGCGGUGCACCGAAUCAAAAACCGGUUGGUUCUGGCACUAAUCUGGCGCCAGGAGCAUCAGGUGGUGCUGGAGGUGCUGGCACUCAGCCCGUGGGCAGCGGUGUAGGUAAACCUGGUGCUGGAGGAAGUGGGUCACCUACCGGCAGUGGACCUAGCCAAGGUGCUGGUGGAUUUGGCUCUCAACCUGGUGUUGGAGGAUCUGGCACGCAACCAACGGUUAGCGGUGUAGGUAAACCAGGAGAUCAGAAACUUCCUGGAUCUGGCUCUAGUUCCGGUGUUGGAGGCCAAAGUGCUGGUGGACCUGGUUCUCAAGCUGGUGUUGCGGGUACUGGCACGCAACCAACGGUUAGCGGUGUAGGUAAACCAGGAGAUCAGAAACUUCCUGGAUCU